CUCUAAGUCCGUGACAUUGGACGAUUUCAAGAAAUGUCUGCUGGAAUCCUUGAGCUCAAGCGGUAUGGAGACCGAUCUACGCAACUCAGUGUUUCAUCUAAUGCGAUCCAUUCAUAAUUCACAGGACGUCUGUAGUUACAAAGAUAAGGAACCUCUGGAGUACUUAAAGAAAGCUCAGAUGCUUUGGGAGAAACGAAUACACAAGUCCCUGAACUCCAUGAGUGCUGACAUCAACAGUCUCUCAUUGGCACGGUUCCGGCUCGCGUCUGACAGAGAUGAGAUACUUGAAAAAUGGAAGGAGCUAAGCACUUACGAGAUAGAUCUGACUCAAUACCGACCUGUGUAUGCACCAAAGGAUUUUUUGCAAGUUCUUUUAUGGCUAAGGAAUCCAAAUUUCCGUAGUUUCAACUUCAAGAUCAAUGAUGGAACAUGGGAAUUCACACACCUCAGUUUGAAAGUGAAGAGUUUUGCAGAGCUGAAAAUAUUAUACGGAGAAAUAUCUCGCGGGGAGCCUCUGAUUGGUGUCCAUCAUGAAAUGCCGUCCCAGAGAGCACCUUAUCCCAGUCUAGAAGCUGAACGUAUUGCGUUGGGCGAAAAGGUUAUUGCAUUCAAUCAUGCGCCUGCAGCUCAGGAGUAUCUGAAGAAGGGAGCUCCUCUGUGCAUAAGAGCCAGGAUUUGGACACAACUCCUAGGAUCAACCGUUACGCCAGAGCGAGAGGAGUAUUUCAACAGACUCAAGCAAAGGGUUUUACAAUAUGAUUUAGUCGUAGACAAACUAAUUAUCAAGGAUGUGCAACUCACUGCGUCAAAUGAUCCAUCAUAUUUUGUUUUCGAGGAUCUUCUGUAUCAGAUUAUGUUAUGUUUCUACCGGGAUACGGAUGUGCUAUCAAUUUUCCAUCACAUCUGCGCAACGCCGAUCCGCGGAGUGCUCAGGGGCAAGGCGCCGACCACCAAAAAUUCCGUGUACUACCCACCGAAUGGAAUCAUACCUUUCCAUGGGUUCACCAUGUACGCAUGUCCUCUCUGUUACCUGUACAAAGAGCCGGUAGCAGUGUACUGUACUUUUAAAGCAUUUUACAUGCGGUACUGGUUCCGAAUGCACGAAGUUAGUUCCUCUGAGCAGGGCAUUUUGGCGCUGUGUCUUCUGUUUGCACGACUUCUGCAGCGAUAUGAGCCUGUUUUAUGGAUGCAUUUCAAGACAAAUCAUAUCCAACCGGUGAGAGUUGUCUUCAAAUGGUUGAUGCGAGGAUUCAGUGGGUAUUUAGCUGUAGAGCAGUUACUUUUACUGUGGGAUGUAAUUCUUGCUUAUGACUCUUUGGAGGUCAUAUCUAUUUUAGCAGUGGCAAUUUUAUCCUUCCGGAAAGACAGUCUAUUUCAAGUCAACAAUCAGCAAGAUGUUGAGGGUGUGCUGGCUGAUUUAUCAACAAUCCGAGUUAUGCCCUUGAUUCAAAUGUCCCUGAUUCGAGAAACAAUCCCUUAAGAGGGCAAGAAAAAA